UCGCCGCUUUGAGAUCGCUAUAAACCCGAAACUCCGACUUUUAUGUUGAAAUCGGGGUCAUUCCUCCGUGUUUCGUCGAUCCCUGGCGGAGCCACCGAUCGCCUGGGACGGGAGGAGUGUGUUCCUGUAUGAACGGCCAGCUUUAGGCAGGUAGCCUACAAGUCCGCCGCGAUGAGGCUCCGUUUGGCCGGAGCCGUGCUGCUGUCGGCGGCCGCCUACUACGUCUACCUGCCGUUACCGAGCGGCGUGAGCGAGCCGUGGAAGCUGAUGCUGCUGGACGCGCUGUUCCGGAGCUUCAUGCAGGCGAGUGACGUGGCUCACGCUCUGGGUGUGUGCCAUCGGGUCCACCUGUUGAACCGGGUGGUGUCAUGGGUGGAGGAGAUUGAGGCACACUCCUGCCCCGCUGUGCAUGUGACCGACUCCUCACUGGGUGGCGUGCCCACUCGAGUCUUCCAGCCAAAGGGGGGGAAGCAGCUGAAAAGGGGAGUCAUAUAUUUCCACGGUGGAGGAUGGGCGCUGGGCAGUGGACGGAUGAGAUCUUAUGACCUUCUUUGUCGGAAAAUGGCGAAGGACCUGGACUCUGUCAUCAUGUCUGUCGAUUACCGUCUUGCUCCAGAGGCGGUGUUCCCAGAUCAGUACCAUGAUGCGUUGGCAGCAGCGCGGGCUUUCCUGUCAGCUCAGGUUUUAGAGCACUACAGCAUCGAUCCUGAGAGAGUGUGUGUAUCUGGGGACAGCGCCGGGGGAAACCUGGCUGCUGCUGUGGCACAGGAGCUCAGCUCAGAUGACAGUCUGACACCGAAGUUCAAGCUCCAGGCACUGAUCUACCCCGUGCUGCAGGCUCUCGACUUCUACACCCCAUCCUACCAGCAGAACCGGGCCGUGCCCAUCCUCUACAGGCCUGUCAUGGCUCGUUUCUGGCUGCAGUACCUGGGCGCCGACACCUCCCUGGAGCCCCUCCUGCUUGCUAACAACCACAGCUCCUUGGACCAGACGGCCAUCAGCGCCAGCAUCCGCUCCAAGCUGGACUGGACCGCUUUGCUCCCGGCUGAGCGCAGGAAGAACUUCACGCCGGUUGUGAAAGAGACGGGAUCGCCAGGGGUGAUGGGUGAGGUACCUGAGCUGGUGGACGUGAGGGCGGCACCACUGCUGGCAGAGCAGGGGGUUCUGAGAAGGACACCUAAAGCAUACGUGAUGACCUGUGAGUUUGACGUGCUAAGGGAUGAUGGGUUGAUGUAUGUCAGGCGCCUGCAGAACGCCGGCGUCACAGUGACCAGUGAUCACUAUGAGGAUGGCUUUCAUGGCUGCAUGGUGUUUGCAUUCCUGCCAAUGAUGUCUAGUGUUGGACAGAGGAGCAUGAACAACUACAUCCACUGGCUGGACCAGAAUCUGUAGACAAACAAACCGCUCCAGAUCCUCCUGAACCGGGAGAGAUUGUUUGCAGCGCCAAAGACAUCCUGGAGCAAAAAGUCAGGUACUUGAGCUCCUUGUUGGAUCUGCAAAGAGGGAACAUGGCUUUGAUUAACACACAUGAUCCAUUUUUGAACUAAUGUAUCCUUCAGCAGCAACAUGUCCUGAGCAAAACACCAGACAAGAAAUCAGAUGCAUAAUCUGCACAAUCUUUCAAAUUUAAAAACAUGGAAACAGAACCAACAAAUUGAAUUCAAGGCUUGUGAUAACCUGCUGUUUACCAACGUGUUCGAGUAGACAAGCGGCUGCAAUGCAUUCACAUACUCACCUGUGUACCUGUCCAACUGUAGGAUACAAAUUUAUAUCCACUAGUGGGCAAAUCAGGGCCAAAUCAUCUGUAGCCAACACCAGAAAAUCCUCCUUGAGAACUUCUGCCACAAUGUCCAUACAAACACAUUUUUAAAGCAGGUUUAUGGGCUCAGUGUAGCUGAACAUCACUGAGUCAAAUGGAUCACAAAGCAUCUUCACUAAAUCCUGAAACCAAAAUAUUUCCAAUCAGAAGUAACCAAAGAAACUGACGCUUAAGACCAUAAUAUCAAUGCAACCUUUUGGACAGUGAUAGUAUACUUAAGGCUCAUUAUUUUCAAGAAAAAAAACACAAUCUAGGAUCUGUGUCUUUGACUGCAGGAUAAAACUGUAUUAAAACACUAGACAAACAUAUAAAACAACAUACAAGUAUCACUCAUUUAUAAUCCAUGGUGUUCUCCAGCAAUAGUAUUGCUAAUUGUAUCAGUGAUUAAAAAUUUGUGGGGGAUAAAACACGCUAAAGGUUCAUUAUCCCUUAAUUAAGAUUGUAAAGAGGGUUCAAUACCAAAUAAAUAAUUGUGCAAAAUGUUUCACAAGUAUGCUAGAGUGCCAAUUGUUUCAAAAUUAUGUAAACAUUUUAAAAUCGUGUAUCAUCACACACAUCAGGAGACAUUUCACAGAUUACCCUCAAAUCAUAAAACGAACACCUACAUUUUUCUAAAUUAGAAAAUAAUAUUAGAAAUCUGAUUUUUUUUCAAUGGCCAUUGUAUAAUAUAAUGGUAUUCAUUUGGAAUAUAAUUAACAGGUAAAAUUUAUAUUUCAAGCAACAUUAUGCAGUUUUUUAAACCUUAAAAUAAAAGCUUCAAAAUCAUGUUGAUGGGACACUCCCACUGAAUGCCUAUUCUUGCAAUAUGUAAAUUUGGUGACCAAGAUUUAGAGCUUAACACUUUACAGCGUGUUUACAGUGUUUCCCAUUCACUGAUUCAUUUUUUGUAGCCACCGAAAAAGCAACAUUGACUGCCACAUGAUGGGUUUCCUUUUUUUACGAUUUAAAAUGGGUAAAUUCUUAUUUCUGCUCUUGGUUUCUUUUGAGAGAGGAGGCAAAAAUCAGCUAGGUAGCCGCCACCCCACGGUCCCUCAGCCUUGCUCCCCGCCGCUAGGAGACUACAUCACCAGUGAUUCACAGCUUUGAAGAUGAACCUCCAGUGAGUGGCUGUAGCAACUAGAGUUGUUCCCAAAUCAAUAACAGUACUAGAAAUGCCUCUGAUACAGUUUAAAAUGCUAGAUCAGAUAUCAGCAAGUCCAGGACUCUAUGCACUGAUCUGAUACCAUGGAAUUUAUUUAUAAACUUAAAAGUAGUUUCCUGGGAACCAAUUCUUUUUCGUCACUUUUAAACAGUAGCUGACACAGCAAGUUGUGUUGCACAGCCACUGCCAACAGCUUUCUUUUUUCUUUAUGCGUUUGUUUGUAUAUCCCUUUGUAUCAUUCUCUGUCCCCUCUCAAAAUGUGGAGGUUUUUGUUGGUUUAGGAACGCAGCACAACCGGCACUUAGUUAUUUUUUAUCUCAGCAGCAGUUUGUGGAGUUUUCAGUUGCGGGGUGGAUAAUUGAUAAGUCAAUCUGAUCAGUGCUGAUCAAAUCAAAUCGACUGAUGAGAACCUCUAGACCCAGCGCAAUGAAUGGUUAAGUUUCACCUUCACUGCACCUGGCAUUCUGCUGCUCCCUCUGUGCCCAGAGUAGCGCUCACAGCACUCCUAAUGAACGGGCCGGCAAAAAAAUAAAAAAUCAAUACAUAGUGUUAGAUGUUAUCGUGAUGUGCUGCUACAAAUAAAUGAAUGGGUGGAAAACCCUGCAAGUUUAGGUAUCAGAACAUCUCCAGUAGCAACUCGACUUCAGCCAGCGCAAACCACAGCCCUGGAGGUCACAGCAGGCUGGUGGUCAGCAGCAACACUGUGUCUAACUUGUAUAACAGCAGGAACAGAGAGUUUGCUAAGUUUGCUAAUCUUGCGAGGAGUCAGGGCUGUCCGGGAUCAGAAGCGCUGUGUUAGCGCUAGCUGAAUUCAGUGGUGCAGAUUCUGAAACUGUCAGGCUGCCAAAUCCCAAAAAUACCCAAUUAUGCAUUAUGUUGCACUAAAACAUCAAUAAUACAAAAGCGCAAGGUUAAAAUUUGAUUUCAGGAUUACCAGUCGCAGCUCAACACCAUGUUGUCUAUCCAGGUGAUGUUAAUUCAUUACUAGAGAUAAUUCCCGGCUCAUUCACUAUUUUUUUCUCCGUUUUUUGGAUACAAAAUUUUUGGGAAAUAGAUUUAGAUUAAAACAUAUGUAAAAAAAAAAAACACAAACAAAAAAAAAAACCAAUCUGCUCCUUUAAAAAAAACCUGCAGUAUCUUGAAAAUGAAGAGCCUUGAAUAUUCUGCCUAAUGAGCUCCUAAUCUGAUUAGUUUUAGAGGUCAAAGUCACUCAAAAAUUUAUCUUCAGCUUUUAUUCUUUUAUAAUGCACUGAGGCACUGAAACAGUCUGCUCACACACACUAAACAGGCCAGUCAAGGUUACAGUGUGUGUGCGUGUGUGUGUGUGUGUGUGUGUGUGUGUGUGUGUGUGUGUGUGUGUGUGUGUGGUAAAAGUGUGCCAGAGUUCACAGCUGUGUAUACUCACUGGAUUGUGCAAUAUUGUAUGUUUGAAAGUCGCUCUCUGUAACUUCACUCUCUGAUGACCACUGUACUGCAGGGCCAAUGCAAUGAUGAUGAUGAUAGCUGUGAAAUGUAUGCAAGAAUUACUGUAUCACCACGAGAGACGAGAUCCCAAAUGGACUAUCAUGUUUCUCUCCCGCCCUCCGCUCCUUGCCCAAACUAAUAUAACGACCCGACGACUGCAAGCGUCAGACAGAUUCGGUUUUGGCUUUUGGCCCAAACAACAGCGAGCCAAGAGUUUAGCAGAAACACUGAGCUGAGUGUGGUCAUUACUUCACAUUAUCCAGAAAGAAAAAAUGUUGAAAUUUUAACACUGGCUAUCAGGAGAUUUUCUUCUUUUCUUAAAGGGAAAUUAUUCCAGACAGUUUGUUCCUAACAUGGAUUUCUGCAAGCAAUUACCCUCCAUACAUACGUGCAGUGCUGAAAUGUAACUAAGUACAUUUACUCAAGCCCUAAACUCGAGGUACUUGUACUUGAGUCUUUCCAUAUUUUGAAACUUUAUUCUUCUACUCCACUACAUCUCAGAGGUAAUAUUGUACUUUUCACUGCACUAAAUUUUGUCUGACAGCAUUAGUUACUUUUCAGAUUUCAGCCCCUUCCUGCACAGUGAAAACCUUGUAUCUCCAGGUGUGUUGAUAAUAAAUGUUGAGAAAAUUCUCCUCCUUCUUAAGCUAAAUAAACUCUUUAAAACCCUCUUGGAUCAGCUGGAAAAUGCAUCGUCACACAGCUGAAAACAGGACUGUUUUUCUCACCCCAUGAAAAGUUGACUUUUUAGAGAUACAUGGUUCUCACAGGACAGCCACACCACAAACAUAAGAUGAUCCCAUAGAAUAUGAGUAUUACUGUAGAUUAAACUACCCAACAGUAUAUAAAGGAGUUAAAAUGAGCUCAACAUCUACAGCAGUAAAAUGGCACAUACACAUGAAUGCAGCAGGAAUAUUAACCCAGAAACAUGAGAAUAGGGGAACAUUUUACUGCACCAUCGAUACUUUAUUUUGUCUCAGUGACUAACGACAUAAACAUGAGCAGCAUGUUUGCACUGACAGGCUCAGAUUAUUAAUCUUAGUGUCUGACAACAUUAUGGAAAGGAUUGUACCAGUCUCAAAGUCACUAAAAUCCCCAAAACACCAGACUCCAUUUAAAUGAAGAGGAAUUUUAUCAUUGGAUAGCACAGUGGUUCCCAACUGGUGGGUCACGGGUCCAUUCUGAAUGGACUGCAAGUGACUUGUCUAGUUGGUAAAAAACAGACUUUAUUUUUUACGUGCAGUAAAUUUCUAACACAGAGCUUUUAUUUUCAAGUGCUGUUUCCUGCCGUAGAGUGUGAGACUAAUGAACAGCUACUUGAUCGAGACAGCAAAAUAACUCGAUGACGUGGCCAAAUGCAAGUGUGACACUGAAUUUAUUAAACUGUGUGGACCUUGAACUAAUGAUUAAAGAGAAAUCUGGCCCCUGUGGCUUGACCAGUUGGGUAUCACCUGUAUAGCACAUUUCAUUCAAAGUCAACAGAAAGAAAAUAAAGCUCACAAAAGCUGAUUUGUUUAAUUGCUCCUCUAUUCAAACAAUCACCAACUCUGGUUUGCUUGAAAUAAACCCCUAAUUCAUGCAGUUAGAUGUGAAAAUGUUCUGCAUUUAUUCACGCUUUUUUAACAGAGUCUGGUAAGUUUGGCAAUGGCGUUUGUGGGGCUGUUUCUGGUCAAACAUAAAGGAUCCUACUCUUUAAAAAUAAUUGUCUAUCUCUGUAGGGAUCGUCUCCAUAUUGUUGUCAGACACUUAUGAUAAUAAUCUGAGCCUGUCAGUGGCAAAAACAAACACUUUAAGGUGAUGACCACUGAGGAUGCACAAAUGCCCCAAGUGGAUACACUGCAGCUUUUUUUCGCCGCUGCUGGCUGCAGCCCUCUUGCUCAGUAUUGGACCAGUUUAAAAAAGUGUUGUCCCCAUUAGUCACUUAAACACAAAAAUAUGGGAAAAUAGGGUCCAUGUUGGGAAAAAAAUGAAAGUUUUCCUUAAAGUUAGGUUUUAAAUGCAGGACUUUUACUUGUAGAGGAGGGGUUUCACCAAAGUCAAGGAUCUGAAUACUAUCACCACUGAAUGUAUAAGCACAGGUUUUGUACACCUAUCAGUAAAAAGUGACUAUGUUUGAUAUCCAUGUGAAGUGAAAUAUAUCAUUUAUAAAUAAGUAAAAUGAGUUUUAAAAUUAGCUGAAGCGAUGUGGAUUAUCGAGAAGGACUUUUGAAUGUUUUGUAAGUGCUGUAAUUUUAUUGCUGUAUGUGAAAUGACACAUUAAAUAGUUUAAUACUCUACAAAUAAUGUUUUUUAUAUAAGUUGGGGUUAUGCAACAGGUUCUUUCAGCCAAGAGAUACACAAACGCGGCCCCAGAUGUACUCCUGCAGCGCUAAUAAAUCCCUUGAAAUAGCUGUUUUAUUGGCUUCUGUGACAACUUUAGUGGUGUGGGGGGACCAGGGAUCAUUAUAUUUUUUUAUGCGUCUUUUUUAAAUAAUGUAAUAAUGCACAUGUAUUAGUGUGAGAAAGUAUUACAUUCCUGUACAGUGUUUUUACUGUGUCAACAGGGACAAGAAGUGCUUCAGGAGAUGUGCAGCAGCACCUGUAGAGGGCAAGCUCUGGUCGCCAUUAUUGGAAGUCCUCAGCUUUAAUCGAGCAUUUGGCACAGGACUUAAAUCUUAGAGCAAGAAUGAUUGUUUUGUCACAGUAACUUAAAUUGCUGCAGCAUAUGUAUAUGUGUAUAGUAAACAUCUGUCCAAAUGACUCAGAAAGACAAAAGCUGAUAGCGUGAAUAUUUGUAAAAACAUGCAGUCAAAUAUCUAAACCUCAUAUUUUUUUCUACAAAUGAAAUCACGUUUUCUUCUCCUAGUGCCCCCAGAAAACAAAGGCACGUGUGAAACUAUCAGACGAAGCACUGAAAUGAUUAUUCAUCAAGUCAUUAUUCAUCAAGUCAUUAUUCAUCAAGUCUAUCAAUUAAUCAUCAAUGUUUGAGUCACUUUUCAAGAAACAUGCAAAAGAAUUGUCCACUUUUCUCUGUUUUAAAAUCACUGAAAAACAGAAUAUUAUGGGGUUUUCUGACAUUUUACAGACUGUGCUCAUCGAGACUAAUUGAGAAAACAAUCAGGACAGUUUUCAAUAAUGGAAUAAUGAACACAAUCUCUCCAUUAGAUCCAUAUAGCAGCUGUUUUGGAGCUACAAACCGAUCACAUGAUCUUCGUCAUCUAACAGAUCUGUAGAUGUUAAAAUUUCCAUUUAUAUUGAACUCUUCAAGGACUUCUCCUUCAUGUUAACUUUAAAAUUAAGCCUCAAAGCAAAAUGUUAGUUGGAGCCCUAAUCACACGAGAAUCACCAUUUCAGAUUGUGACACACAUUCACAUUAUAAUUUUCAGAUGUUAGACAUGACAGGUGAAAACACACCAUUUCACACAUGAAGAUGAAUACUUAUGUGUGAUGUAUUAUUUAUCAGGUGAUGAAUUUGUAAUUUUUGGACAUUUACAUUUAAAAUAUAACAUGAACUUCAUUUUGAAGAUAAUUUUUAAAGUCAGCAAACUCCUAGUGAAGUAAAUAAAACUAAAAUGCUUGAUUUUGCCCAUUAUACAUAUCAUAUAAUAAGACCGAGAUGUUAUGCAAAUAAUAAAUAUUUUCCUAAAAUUAUAUUGUUUUGUAAGCGUAAACUUUCCAGUCUGCAGUUCAGUUUUGUGUUGUUUUGUUUGCUGCUGCAGAGGGCAAGCAUGUUAACUUCCUGUUGGGGUGGUUGUGUUUAUUAUGUAACGCGCGACCUGAUGUGAAGGAAACUUUACUCGGUGCACAAGCCGACCUCCAAAAUGGCACCAGAUGUGUUGGGUAGUGUGAACUUGUAAUCACAGCUAUAAUAACUUUGCUAUAAUUAUUAAUUGAUAACUGUGAUGUAACAGGGUUUAAAUCCUUCCAGAGGGUCAGCUACUGUAUCUGUACACAAUGUAAAAUGUUCUCAAUUUACUAUUUUGGGAUUUAUUUAUGAAUAAAAUAUUACAAUGACACAUUUAAAGUUUUUUUUGUGUCCAUGUUCUGU